UUAUCUGGAAGAUUAUACUAAUAAUGAAAAUAUUGUCGAAGUAUUUAUAGCAGAAUCGUAUCAACAGUCUGAGUCAGAAAUUAUGAAUAUAGAAAUCUUAAAUAUCGUCGAAUCUACGUUAAAAUAUUUACCACCAUCGG